AAAUGCCAAUCAGACCAGCCAGCGCUCGGACCCGCCCCCGCGAGGCGCCCCGCCUCUCCUCUCGCCCUCUGCCAGCGCGCGGAGACUGCAGGCUCUGGCGAAAAAUCCUGCGGGAGAGGGGGUGGGGCGACGGCUGUGGAGGCAGCGCGGCCGCUCGCAGUCUCGUUGUGACUCCUAGUUCUCCCGCGGCGGCGGCGUUGCUCGCUUCGGUGUCUCCCGCGCACUCCAGCCGCCUCCUAGCGGCGCGGCGCCGGCUUCUAUGCUUAAAAUGACGAAUGUGUGAUUUCAGUGGAAUAAAUGGCGUCCAAAGUCACUGAUGCUAUAGUCUGGUAUCAAAAAAAGAUUGGAGCAUAUGAUCAACAAAUAUGGGAAAAAUCUGUGGAACAAAGAGAAAUUAAGGGUUUAAGGAAUAAACCAAAGAAAACAGCGCAUGUGAAACCAGACCUCAUAGAUGUUGAUCUUGUAAGAGGGUCUGCAUUUGCUAAGGCAAAACCUGAAAGUCCUUGGACUUCUCUGACUAGAAAGGGAAUUGUUCGAGUUGUGUUUUUUCCCUUUUUCUUCCGAUGGUGGUUACAAGUAACAUCAAAAGUCAUCUUUUUCUGGCUGCUUGUCCUUUAUCUUCUUCAAGUUGCCGCAGUAGUAUUAUUCUGUUCCGCUUCUAGCCCACACAACAUACCUCUGACGGAAGUGAUCGGGCCGAUAUGGCUGAUGCUGCUCCUGGGAACUGUGCACUGCCAGAUUGUUUCAACGAGAACACCUAAGCCUCCUCUAAGCACAGGGGGCAAAAGAAGAAGGAAAUUAAGGAAAGCAGCCCAUUUGGAAGUACAUAGGGAAGGAGAUGGUUCUAGUACCACAGAUAAUUCACAGGAGGGAGCAGUUCAGAGCUACGGUACAAGCACCUCGUACAGCGUUGGCGCUGUCUUCAGAGAUCUCUGGCAUGCUGCUUUCUUUUUAUCAGGAUCAAAGAAAGCAAAGAAUUCAAUUGAUAAAUCAACUGAGACUGAUAAUGGCUAUGUAUCCCUUGAUGGGAAAAAGACUGUUAAGAGCAGCGAAGACGGAGUACAAAGCCAUGAACCUCAGUGUGAAACUAUUCGACCAGAAGAGACGACCUGGACCACAGGAACACUGAGGAACAUUCCCAGCAAAGAUACCCAAAGGACAAUAACAAAUGUCUCUGAUGAAGUCUCCAGUGAGGAAGGUCCUGAAACAGGAUAUCCAUUAGGCCGUCACAUGGACAGGACUUCGGAGAGUGUUCUUCGGAAUAGAAAGUCACACCAUUAUAAGAAACACUACCCUAAUGAGGUAUAUACUUCGGUCUUACAUAUGUUACAUACAUAUCUAUUCUAUGUUACCAAUUUACAACUUCUUUCAACAUUAUUUGAAAUAUAAUUGUUGAAUAUAAUUAUUGAGAUAAAAUAUUUCCCAUCAGUAUCAAUAUCUUCUUGUUGUAUGAUCAGGAUUUGUAAAGUAGCAGUUUAGAUUUAUGUGUUGUAUACAUGAUAAAUAGCCACAUAUUUAUACUCAUUUUUUACAUUAUCUCUGAAGACUCAUACAUUCAGUUUGUUUUUUACCAUUAAAGAACAUCCUGGAGAGACAACCUGUGAGCUCUUGUCUUAGUCUUUUCCGCCAUUUCAAAGGCUUUAUAACUUCCUGAUUAUAGUAAAGUUAUUAUUCUAAGUGACUUCCUUCAUGUUACUGUCACCAGUUAUUAAGUUGCCCAUACUAAUAAAUUCAACCUUUUUUCUUCUUUGAUUCUAUUUUUCUUUAUUAAUGUUUGUUUUUUUUCUAAACCCUUUUCUAACUUUAUCAAAUCUCUUGAAGUUAUCACAUUUCUUGAAACUAUUUAAAUAGAAAAAGAAUUUUAUUCAAUUGUAUUUUCAGUUUUUAUUCGAAGGACAGAACAUUUCAUUAUCUCUCUUUAAGGCAAAUGAAUUACUUCUUAUAUCACUCUUUGGUGAACAU